UGAUUAUGACGCUGCAGAGGCUUCGGAUUAGCCAGUCUGCAGUUAACGUUAGCUAGCGAACUGAAGCUAGUUAGCUAUAAACGUUAAUAAACUUGGCCGAAGGGGUUAAUACCUGCAGUCAUGGCAUCGGUCUUAGAUGCUCUGUGGGAGGACAGAGACGUUAGAUUCGACAUAACAGCACAGCAGAUGAAAACUCGUCCAGGAGAAGCACUCAUUGAUUGUCUGGACUCCAUCGAAGACACGAAAGGAAACAACGGAGAUAGAGGACGACUGUUGGUAACAAACCUGAGAAUCAUUUGGCAUUCUUUGGCCCUGCCAAGAGUCAAUUUAUCUGUGGGUUACAACUCCAUCAUUAACAUCACAACAAGGACUGCUUAUUCAAAAUUGAGAGGUCAAACUGAAGCGCUCUACAUCUUGACAAAGUCCAACAACACAAGAUUUGAGUUCAUUUUCACCAAUGUGGUUCCAGGAAGUCCGCGGCUCUUUACCUCUGUUAUUGCCGUCCACAGGGCCUAUGAGACGUCUAAAAUGUACAGGGACCUGAAAUUACGAGCCGCUCUCAUUCAAAAUAAGCAGCUGAGACUCUUGCCCCGGGAGCAAGUGUACGAUAAAAUUAAUGGAGUUUGGAAUUUAUCCAGUGAUCAGGGUAACCUUGGAACCUUCUUUAUUACCAAUGUUCGAAUCGUGUGGCAUGCUAAUAUGAACGAGAGCUUCAAUGUCAGCAUUCCUUACCUUCAGAUUUGGUCUAUCAGGAUAAGAGAUUCAAAAUUUGGCUUGGCUUUGGUGAUCGAGAGUUCACGCCAGAGCGGUGGCUACGUGCUCGGGUUUAAGAUUGACCCCGUGGAUAAGCUUCAAGAUGCACUGAAGGAAAUCAACUCUCUGCAUAAGGUGUACUCUGCUAAUCCCAUCUUUGGAGUGGAAUAUGAAAUGGAAGAAAAGCCCCAGCCGCUGGAGGAGCUGACUGUAGAACAGGCUCCCGAUGACGUGGAGAUUGAGCCCGAUGAGCAGACUGAUGCUUUUACUGCUUACUUUGCCGAUGGAAAUAAGCAACAAGACCGGGAGCCGGUUUUCUCUGAGGAUCUGGGCCUCGCCGUUGAGAAGCUGAAGGAAGGCUUCACACUUCAAGGACUUUGGGAAGUCAUUGGCUGAAAUAGUGUUAUAUAUAUUUCAAUUUAGAUCAUGUUAAAAGUUGUACAGUUAAUGUAAUGAUACUAUUUCAUAUUUACAUGUAGGAUAUUUUUAUUGUUAAGAAAAUUGUAUAUAACCGUUUCUUGUAAUGGUUAGAAUGUGAAAAAUGUUUUAAAAUUAAUAAACCCAUUUAAAUAGA